AUACCCAGAACAGCUUCCGCACGUGACUCUCUUCCCUUCCCCCUCGCAGCCGCCGGGGGGCCCCGCCACUCAGCAUGGAGUUGGGGUGGGGCCUAACGGGGCGGAUGGAUAACGAUUGGUAAGGAGGCCGGCCCUCUAGGCCAGUACAGAAGAAGAGACUCUGGGGGCGUGGUCCAGAGCAGCUAAAAGGGCGAUGAUUGGCUGACAGAAGGAUAUGGGCGUGACCGAGGUCGGCGUGCGGCGGGGUUUGAGGGGGGCGGUUUGGAGGUAGGGCCGUCGGACUCGAGUUUUUUUUGCUGCCUCCUCCGCUGCCGCUGUUCGCAGUGCACCUGAGAGCGGGCUUUGCCUUAGCCUCCGCCUGCGCUAUGAACCGCUUUAAGGUAUCUAAAUUCCGGCAUACCGAGGCCCGGCCGCCUCGGAGGGAGGCCUGGAUCAAUGACAUUCGAGCAGGAACAGCUUCAUCCUAUGGGAAUCACAUCAAGUCGAGCUGUAGCUUGAUCGCAUUUAAUACUGAUCGACCAGGCACUCUGGGCAUUGUGCCCCUGGACUGGCAAGGCAAGAACAGGAGGAAUGUGGCAUCCCUGGGUUGCCAUUCAGAUCAGGUGACUGAUUUUGAUUUCUCUCCAUUUGAUGACCAUCUCCUUGCCACAGGCUCAGCAGACAGAAUGGUAAAGCUGUGGCGGCUGCCCACCGCCACUGCCAACCAGGACUUGCCCUCUGCUCCUGGGGUGGUGUUGGGCCCUGAGGACUUCCAGGUGGAUGUUCUUAAGUUUCAUCCUACUUCAGACACCAUACUGGUGAGCGCCUCCAACAAGGUUGUGAAAGUCUGGGAUUUAGCCCUGCACCAUACCCUCACUGAGCUGGCCACCCACGGUGACCAGGUUCAAAGUGUGGCCUGGAGCUCUGAUGGUGUUCUCCUGGGUACAUCUUGCAAGGACAAGCAGCUGCGAAUCUUUGAUCCCCGAAGGAAGCCCGUUGCCUCCCAGAGCACCCAGGGCCACGAGAACCACAAGGACAGCCGACUGGUCUGGACCAACUCCCAGGAGCAUCUGCUGUCUACUGGAUUAAACCAGAUGCGAGAGCAUGAAGUAAAGCUGUGGGACACUCGCUGCUUCUCCAGUGCCCUCACCUCCUUCACCCUCAACACCUCCCCCGGAUCUCUGAUCCCAUUGCUGGAUGCUGACUCUGGGCUCCUCAUCCUAGGUGGAAAGGGCGAGAAUCUGAUAUACUGCUGUGAAGUGUCGCUGCAGCAGGCCACCCUGAGCCAAGUGAACCAGUGUGUCCUGGAGACCAAGUGCCGGGGAAUGGCCCUGGCGCCCCGCCGGGCGCUGGCUGUGCUGGCCUGCGAAGUGCUCCGCGUCCUGCAGCUCAGUGAGAGCGCCAUCGUGCCCGUCAGCUAUGUGGUGCCCCGAAAGUCUGUAGAAUUCCAUGAAGACUUGUUUUCUGAUGCUGUGGGGAGUGUACCUGCUGCCAAUGGCCAGGCCUGGUGGGCCGGAGACAACCGGCAGGUCCAGAGGGUCAGUCUGAAUCCUGCCCACCGGCCUCAUGCGAGCUUCACCUCCUGCCUGGUGCCCACAGAACUCGCUUCUCCUGCUGCUGCUGCCCAGCUUCAGGAGGUGCCAGCCAGUGACCCAGACCCAAGUGAGGGCAGCUUCUCCUCCCCACCCAGCUCUCUCACCUCACCCUCCACCCCCUCCAGCCUGGGCCGCUCGCUCUCUAGCACCAGUGGCAUUGGCACCAGCUCCUCCCAGAGGUCACUGCAGAGCCUCCUGGGUCCCAGCUCCAAGUUCCGACAUGCCCAGGGUACUGUUCUACACCGUGAUACCCACAUCACCAACCUCAAGGGACUCAAUCUCACCACCCCUGGGGAGAGCGAUGGGUUCUGUGCCAAUCGCCUUCACGUGGCUGUGCCCCUCCUGAGCACAGGUGGCCAGGUGGCUGUUCUGGAGCUGCGGAAACCCGGCCGCCUGCCUGAUACUGCACUGCCCACGCUACAGAACGGGGUGCCUGUCACUGACCUCACCUGGGAUCCAUUUGACUUGUACCGCCUUGCUGUGGCUGGGGAAGAUGCCCGGAUCCGGCUGUGGCGGGUGCCACCUGAAGGGCUGCAGGAGGUCCUGGCGACGCCCGAGGCCGUGCUAACAGGCCACACAGAGAAGAUCUACUCCCUGCGCUUCCACCCACUGGCGUCCGACGUGCUGGCCUCCUCUUCCUAUGACAUGAGUGUGCGGGUCUGGGACCUCCAGGAAGGAAUGGAGAAGAUAAGGCUGCAGGGUCACAGGGACCAGAUCUUCAGCAUGGCCUGGAGUCCCGAUGGACAGUUCUUGGCAACAGUGUGCAAAGAUGGGAGGGUACGGAUCUUUGAUCCCCGGCGUAGCCCAGAGCCUAUCCAGGAAGGCCCUGGCCCUGAGGGAGGUCGAGGAGCUCGUGUGGUCUGGGUGUGCGAUGGCCGGUGUUUGCUGGUGUCUGGCUUUGACAGCCGGAGUGAGCGCCAGCUGCUCCUGUAUGGGGCAGAGUCAUUGGCCGGGGGCCCUGUGGCUGUGCUCGGCCUCGAUGUGGCACCUUCCACCCUGCUGCCCCACUAUGAUCCAGACACUGGUCUCGUCCUCCUCACCGGCAAGGGCGACACACGAGUGUUUGUGUACGAAUUACUCCCUGAGGUUCCCUUCUUCUUGGAGUGCAACAGCUUCACCUCACCCGACCCCCAUAAGGGCUUUGCCUUCUUGCCCAAGACGGAAUGUGAGGUACAACAAGUGGAGUUCGCCCGGGGCCUCCGACUCCGCCAGACUUCCCUAGAACCGGUUGCCUUCCGACUUCCCAGGGUCAGGAAAGAGUUCUUCCAGGAUGACGUGUACCCAGAGACGGCCGUGUGCUGGGAGCCUGCACUCAGUGCCGCUGCCUGGCUGGGGGGUGCCAAUGGGCAGCACCGCCGACUCAACCUCCGGCCCCCAGGAAUGACCCCAGUGAGUGAGGCCCCCCGAGAAGCUCCCACGCGUAGGACCUUGCCCUCAGCUGUCUACCUUGAAGAGAAGUCAGAUGAGCAGAAGAAAGAAGAGCUGCUAAGUGCCAUGGUGGCAAAAUUGGGUAACCGGGAAGACCCCCUCCCCCAGGAUUCCUUUGAGGGAGUAGACGAGGAAGAAUGGGACUAGUCCACUUUAUCAGCCACACCCACAGCUGCCUCUCCUCUGGAGCUACCUGGCCAAUGACCCCUUGCAACUCUUAGCCUCAUUCUUGAGCUGGAAGAUGCCUCUUCAGGCCUUGGUGUUGCUGCUGACCUAUGGAGGGACUCUACAGCUGAUGUGACCCCAUCUCUUCAUUCCAGGAACCCCCAGACUAAGAUCUUUGGAAUCUUAGUGUUUUCAACUAGCAGCUCCUCCAAGUCUAUGUGUCUCCGAAGUAUCCUGGCUCCAGCUUUCUCUGAGGCCUCAAAGUCCUCUGGGUUAGGCUGUCGUGGGAACACUCCAAGUGGGGCUUUAAUUGGCCCUGUCCUAUUUUUCUCUCUGGGAUAAGUUUUCUUCUAUAUAUCAUGGUCAGAAGCUGAGGAAAGAACAUUGGUCAGCACUGCCCCGGGCCUGCUACCUGGCUGUCCUUACUAUAUAUGGUCCCACUCACUUUGUAAUUAGAUAGGUUACUGCCUUGCCUACUUCUUCCAGAAACAAGUUUCUCCUCCAGCUACUCUACUGUUCUUUGUAUCUUAUGGGUUAAGCCUUACCUUCUGCUUUUAUCUUUCCAUAUUGCCUUUUGUCCCUGUUGUCUUCUUCUGUUACAGUCAAAAUCAUCAAAGGGGCUGGAUCCCCCAUGCAGUCACCAAUCCUACUGGACCUCCUACUUGCUCUCUCCCUCCAAACCUGAAACAGUGAGAAAAGGGUGAGGAUUAGGGCCCAGAGAACUUAAAAAAAGUGUGUGGGGGGAAGAAUGUGAAUCCCACAAGUAAGGGGUUUAUGAAUUUAUCAAUAUCUCAGCCAUUAAAUUUUUCUAAGCAAAA